AUGUUUCUAUUAGUUAUUGUGUUAAGUUAUUUGCUCGGCGUAGCUUCGACGAUAAUUGUUUUAUUAUAUAUAUAUUCACGUUAUCUAUGUAAUACAGAUGUAGAAACGUAUACAAGUCUUUCUCAUGAACAAUAUCCCACCUGUGUUCCAAUUGCUGAGGACGAGCGUGCCAAAAAUUCUGCUGUUGAUAGUGUAAACUAUUUUGCCCAAUUUUUAUAUCAAGAACUUAAAGAUACGUCACGUUUACGAAGAUAUAUUUUACAUAAACUUAAUACAGAAUUUAAAGAAUUAAAAAAUAGUCGUGCAGGAAAAUUAUUUCUUCAAAAUAUUCAAAUUCAAGAUUUUAGUCUUGGUGCUGGUUUUCCAUAUUUCAGUGAUAUAAAAUUAGAACAUUCUGAACGUGAUGAUCGUGGUUUAAUUAAGGAAUUUGUUGCGAUAUUCGAUACUGUUUACAAAGAAGGUUUUUGCGUGACUGUCAAUGUGACACUUGUCUUUGGAAGAAAAUGUUUGUUAAUUAUUAAAAUCAAGCGUAUCGAAGGACAACUAAGAUUAAAUUUCAAACGUGAACCAUAUACACAUUGGACUUUAGUUUUCAAGCAGGAACCGCAAAUUGACUUUGAAUUAAGACGUGCCAUUCGACGAAAACAAACUUGGCCCAAUUACAAGAUACGUUAUCAACCAUUUUUUUCAAUGUCUAAACAGACAGACUAUUUCGAUGUUAAAACAUCCGAUGGAAAAAAUUUAAUACCAGGUGUCUAUGAUGUAUUAAUUAAAAAUUGUGAUCGUUUGAUCAUUCCAAAUAUGUUAGAGAAUAGACCAGUAUUCGUCACAUUGAUAUUAAAUGAAAAAUCAUGGCAAGAUAUUUUAUUUGAAAAACGUGAAUUAUGGCCGACAAAAGAAAUUGAAUUUGUUCGUGUACGUAAAAUAGUUUUAAAAGAAAUACAAUUUAUGAAUAAUACAGAAGUUAUACUUGAUGAAAUUGAACCAAAACCAAAUGAAAUAAAAGAUGAUGAUGAUUUAAUGUUAGCUAUUGAACAACAAAAUGCUAUUAUACUUAAAAUACAAGGACAAGAAUUUAAAACUAUUAAACAAGCAUAUCGUCUAUUAAGAGUAAAAUCAAGUCAACCAGUUGAUUCUCAAACAAUAAUAACGACAAAUGAGAACACUGGCGAUAAAAUUAAAAUAUUAAUUGCUCUACCACAUCUAAAUAUCACACGUCUAUCAAAGAGUUCUACAACUCCAACAGAUAAUUCAAUCGAUAAUGAACUCAAUAUUUCGAAUACUGAGAUAAAUUCUGUAAAAGAUGAAUUAAAUGAAUCAUCUCAUGCGACUCUGCGUCAUCGUGGUACUCCUUCAACUGCCGUAAAAUUUCAAAAAACAGCUGAAAGUAUUGCGAUGAUGACCACAAAAGAUGAUGGAAAACAAACAGUGGACGAAGGAAAAAGCGAUGUAUCAACCGUAAAAAUUAAUCAAAAACAACCUCAGAAAAAUAGCGAUAUUACAUUUAGUAUAGUAAAUACAGAUCUAUUGCAACAAUUUCAAGUUAAACAAACAGCAUAUAAAAAAGCACAAAUGUCUAUUGAAUUUAACGAAAAAUUUGAAUUGAAAGUUGGUGAAAGUGAACGAUAUUUAAAUGUGUGUUUGUGGUGUAAACCGCCAAAUGAUGAUGUUAAAACACAAAAAAAACUUAUUCUAAUUGGUUAUACAAGUAUACCAUUGAGUCAAAUUGUUCUCGACGCACACAUGAGUUUUAAACGUGAAACACAGUUAACACUCAAUUUUUUUCCACCUUAUCCAAAAUUAUUAAAUAUCAAAAAAUUUGCAGAAUUCGUUCAACAUAAAGGUUAUGACGACAAUUUAGCACAUGGUUUUAUAACAAUAAAUAUUAUACAUCGUCCACAAAUUGAACAAAAUUUAGAUAUUACUCAAAAGCGAGAACAGUAUACAACCACGGAACUUGUCUUAAAUGAUCUAUGUGCAAAAUUAAAAGAAAAAGAAAAAAAUGUACAAGCAAAUCCAAUCGAUAGUAUUAAAACAAACAGUGAAACACCAAAAAGUGCAAAUGAACACACAUUCGAAGAUCAUACAUUUUCUAUAUCAACUGUUUGUGAUUUUUGUAGCAAAAAGAUAUGGAUGAAAGCAGGCCGCAAGUGUGCCACUUGCUCAAUGAAUAUUCAUAAAAAAUGUGAAGCAAGUUGUAUAACUCAAAUAAAAUGUCCAUUUAUACGAAUGACUCCAAAAAUACAAACAAAAACACCAUCUGACGAUGAUUUGAAAAAUAUGACUUCAUCAAAUGAGCAAGAGGUGAAUAAUACAACAAUAAAACCAACAGAAAAUGAUGAUAUUAUUGACUCUUCACUAACAAAUAAAAAUGUCUCUGAACUCAUACCAACACGAUUAUUAACGUCAAAUGAGGUACAUUCAACGAGCAAAAUGUCCACAGCUGCGGCAUAUUUUUCAGCUGUUGAAUCACGAGUUUAUAAUAAGUUGACACAUAAAUUUUCAAGAACAAACGAUAAUCAAACACACUUAAACCCAAUUAAUAAACCAUCGAAUGUAUCAAAAAGUAAUGAAAACAUUAGUAACAUACAAUCUCCAUCAUUAUCACAAAAUCGUUUACAAAACGAGAAAAAAUUGAUUGAUAGUCGUAAUGAUUCAUCUGAGAGUUUAUCGACAAUGGCUCCACAACAAAGUCAAUCAAAAUUAGCAAGUUUUUCAAAUUCAGCUUAUACAAAAUUUCGUGAUUUAAAACAAAAACGUGCACCAUUAUCAGCAUCAUUAUUGCGAAAAAAUAAUGGACAAAGAAUAACAGAGACAUCAAAAAUUGCAACCACUCCAACAGAGGACAUAGCAGUAUCAGAUGUAAAAGACAUUAUUAUGAAAUGUUUGUCAGAUAAUAGUUCAGAUUUCAAAAAUCUUGAGCAUCUUUUACAUGAACGAUCUGUUGAUCAUACAACAUUGUAUGCAAAAGCAAAAGAAUUUGGUCCCGAAUUAUUUCCAGAAUUAAAUCUUAAUCAACGAAAACAAAAAUUUGAGUCCGAGAUAUCAAGAAUGCAGCAUGAAAUUGAUUUACAAUGUCAAACUCGUGAUGAAAUGAUACGUGAUAGUGCAAAUGUAACAGAUGAAAAUGAAAAAAGAAAAAUUGAAUCUAAAGUGACUAAUAUCGAUGAAAAAAUUCAAGCAUUAGCUGCAAUGGUAAUAUUAUUUUUUUCUGGUUUACAAUAUUGUUUGGAACAGUUGAAUCUUAAUGGACAAAAAACGCAUGAAACAGAACAAGAAAAUAGUGAUACACGAUCAUCAUUUGAAAAUAGUAGUGGUAUCGAAGGAGAUGAAGAGGAGGAAGAGGAGGAGGAAAAUUUAGAUGAAAAAAGAGAAAAAUACCUUAAGGAUUCUAUGAAAUCUAAAUAA